GCCUGCUGCCGCAUAAGUCCUGCUGAAGGUCAUCGCGCCAAAGCGCACCCCUGCUAACUCUGCUAAAGUGGUUCUUGCUGCACGGCCUGCUGCGGCAAAGCGUCUUGCCUUGCUGGAAUCGGGCUUGGGCUUCAUGACCCCCUCAUCGUGAUCCAGGUCGUCACCGAACGCAUGCUGGCCACUGGUUGCAGGCUGGCGCAAGAUUGACCGUGAAGUACAUCGGGCUUCCCGUCGGGCGCGAUUCGCCGGCGACGUUGCAACAGAUCGCUCGUUCCUGGGGUCAUCCCGUCGGUCCCUCCUCUCGGUCGUCUUGGCCCUCGGCACGCCGGUGGCCCUUUCGUCCCCUCGUCUCCGUCUCAGGGCCGCGUCGCCGCCCCGCGCGGAGGUGCAGUACGUGCUGCUCCUCCUUGGCAACUCCAAGGAGCCGAUCGCCCCGCUGGCCGCACCGUCGCCGAGCACGCGAGCCGGGUGGGCGAAGGCGCUGAAGGCCGACCCCGCGCUGGUGCUGGAAGGCUGCGCUUCUGGCACGCCGGGCCCCGCGGCGGCGGCAUGGGCCUGCCGACGCCCACGAGGUGCUCGCGCCCCGCGGCGGCGGGGCUCCGCGUGCCUGGGCUGGGCGCGGCCCUGGUGCCCUAUAAGCUCUGCGGCCGCGGCCGAGGCCGGGGCCCGCGGGCGGGCGGCGCAGGCUACCCGCCGUGAGCGGGCGAGCGGGUGGGCGGAGGGCCCGGCCUGGGGCGGAGCGGUGCGCGGUCGGCGCCCCCGUCCCAGGCCCCGUGCGCGCCGCCGUUUGCGGGGAACUUGAAAUCCAUGCCUGGCACUCGCGCCCUGUGCGCGCUCGCAGUGCGAAAAAAAGUGCCCCCACCUCAGCGCCAACCCUGCUCUGGCCGCCGCCGGGCGUGUGGCCUGCGAGUCCGCGCCGGGCGGCCCCGCGGCGGCCGCUGCCUCCCUGCGGGCCCUAUCCCCCUCUUCCCCGCGGCGCCCCCCUCCGCGGCCGGGGAUGUCGGCCCCGCCCUGGUUAGCCACCUGGGCGCUUGCGCGGCCUCGGCGCUCGGCGCGGCGGCGGUCCCUCGUGCUUCCACUGUCCCGCCGCCCGUUGCGGCUGCUCUUCCUGAAACCGGACUUGGCCACGCCCAGCACGCAGGAGGUGGUGCACAUGGCGGAGCACCAUGUGCUGUGGCGGCUGGCGCUGCUGGCUUGGCGGCGGGCGGCCAGGCGGCGGCGCCUGCGGCGCCUGGGGUGCCCCCGAGGAUCUCUCCCUCACCGGUUCGGCCGCGCGGCUCGGGCUCUUCGGCAGCGGCGGGGGCGGCGGUUGCCGACAUCCCGAGGCGCGGCCUGGCGCGCUCCCUGGUUCCCGCGCCCAGGGGAAGCAGGCGGCAGGCCCCGCCGUCGGCGGCCUUCGGAGCAGGCGUGCCCGUCUCCCCCCUCGGUGCGGACCAGGAGCCAGCCGCUGGCCUCGCCAGCGUCGUCGGGCGGGCUCCUGCUGGACCCCCGACGGCUUCACCCGAUGACGAGAGUGUGUGCAAGGUGCGGCUCGCCCUUCGCGGCCAGGUGGCAGCUCUCGGCCCGGUGCGUGUCAACGGACAGGGCACAGCGGCUCUGCGCCUCAGCGGUGCCUCCCUCAGGCUUGUGGAGUUGUUGGAUGUUGCUGACGCCCUGGAGACUGUGCAGCAGCUGGUGCUGUUCAACGUCCACGGCCCCUCCGCCGACCGCUGGAUACUGAACGUCGCCCGCUCCCUUGGCCUCUCGGAAGCGGCUGUGGCGCAUGUUGUGAGGUGAGCCUUCGGCGGCGUUGCAUUUGCUGUGCGUAAUCCGUGCCGCGGCUUCUCUUGUGUUCUCUCGAAUUCUAUGCGUGGUUACGGGUCUCGGCCCUUGGCGUGAGA